UGAAAAUGAACAAACGCAGCCCUAAGUUCCCGCAUCAAUUUGGAAUCUGUAAAAAGAUUCCCAUUCACCCGUUAAUUAACGAAAAGCUUAAAGGUCACUCGGCAACAGUUCCUCCCCAUCUUCACCGGGAAAGUAAGAUCCCCUCCAACUGCGCCGCGAAAACUUCCCCCACCACCACCAAUGGCGGCCUUGAUCCGCGCUCUCAGAUCCUCCUCCUCUUCUUCCUAUUAUACUAAUUAUUUUAUUCGAAGGUCUCUAUCCACGGCCGCGUCAACGACCGCCCCACCCCUAAAAUCCGAACCCUUCACUCCCUUCAUGGAUACCAAGGGCAAACAUGUUCAGUGGGUUUUCCUGGGAUGCCCUGGUGUCGGAAAGGGUACCUUCGCCAGCCGUCUCUCCACCCUCCUCGGUGUUCCCCACAUCGCCACUGGAGAUCUCGUCCGGGAAGAGCUCUCUGCCUCUGGCCCACUUUCCAAACAGCUUACAGAGAUCGUGAACCAAGGGGAAUUGGUAUCUGAUGAGAUAAUUAUAAGCUUAUUGUCAAAGAGGCUUGAGACAGGAGAAGCUAAAGGUGAAUCAGGAUUUAUACUAGAUGGAUUUCCCCGAACUGUCAGGCAAGCAGAAAUAUUGGAUGAUGUAACAGACAUUGACCUGGUGGUAAAUCUCAAGCUUCCAGAAAGAGUACUGGUCGAGAAAUGCCUUGGACGAAGGAUCUGCAGCCAAUGCGGGAAGAACUUCAAUGUAGCAAAUAUCAAUGUCAAGGGUGAAAAUGGAAAUCCAGAUAUUAGCAUGGAUCCACUUCUUCCGCCUCCUCAGUGUGUUGCGAAGCUCAUUACUCGUUCUGAUGAUACUGAAGCUAUUGUUAGAGAAAGACUCCGUGUAUAUUAUGAGAAGAGUCAGCCAGUGGAGGAAUUUUACCGUAGUCAAGGGAAGUUGAUGGAAUUUAAUUUGCCUGGUGGUCUCCCGGAGUCAUGGCCAAAGUUGCUGGAAGCACUUAACCUUGAUGAGUACGAGGAUAAGCAGUCCGCUGCAGCGUAGAUUUCCAUCAAUUUCUUUGCGUGGAUUCACUGCAUGCCAAUUUUUUUGCGGAAAACAUCGAGCAUUUAUAUAUUUGACUUUAGUACUUCAAUUCAUUUUUCUCUACUGAAGAAAAAUAACAAAACCAUGGAGUUACACAGAGCGAUUGACCCUGGUGCGUAUGCUAUCAGUACUUUUUCUUUUUGCUAAGAGUAUUAUUGUAAUAUUUACCCGUGAGGGUUAAAGAACGAGACUGUUCAUUUUUUUUUUAUUUAAACAGUGUCACUGGUAAAUUCAAGUAAAAGUUAAAUAAUAUGUUCCAAGUUUCCCAAAAGCAUUGGAUCCAAUGCCUAGUGGAUGUUUAUUUUAA